GCCAAGCGCGAGAGAGCGUAAUAUACACAAGUUGCGAAGCGAGCGAGUCCUGUGUGUGUUAGAGCCAGCACGCAAAAAGGAACGGUCCGCACGCGUCCACGCAUCGUGUGCGCGAGUGUGUGCGUUGUUUCGCUAAAACCUCCGUGUGUAUUACCGUGUGUAUUGCUGAUCAGUCGUGUCGUGUUUAAAAUCCUUCGUCCAGGCCGGAGACCCCAAGCUCCCCCAUCAGAGCACAGGUAGGAGCUGUACCGUUUUUGUUUUCCGUUGCUUGGUACAAAUGUUACCUACUUUUCUCUUGGCAAAUGUGAAGCCGCCAACACAAAAUGUUUGCCGAAGCGGUCCCGCGGUUUCUGGUGGUUCCCGAGUGCCUCCUCGUCGUUCCGCUGAUUCAAAAAGUGGCCGCCCAGGUGGCAGUUACACAAGCAAUCGCUCUGUUUUUCGACGCCCUUUUUUAUUGCCUUCGGUAGUCCUCAAAUGCACAAAUUGUAUCGGACCGUGAUGGCAAAGAAAGAAAGCGGGGAGAAAACAGAUAUCCAACGCCAUCCACCAUUGACGUGUGCAAAAAACUGCCAGGAGCACGUGUUCCGGUUGAGUGGCGACCGCACGCGCCUGUCAACUGCAGGGAUUGUUUCUUCGCGCGGGUGAUGCACACUUUGCAAUCUCUGACAUUUUUCCAAUGCUUUCCUCCGGCGUAUAUUAAUGUCUUUAGCAUUUCAGCAUGUUCCGGGGCCAUUUGGGAGGGAUUUUAACGAGAACAGUCUUUCUUUUCGCUAGCUAUUUUCUACUUGGCCAGGCAAGCAAGGCCCGCAACGCGUUCGUUGCCUGACAGCUUCUUGCAGCGAGGAAGAAAACAAACUAAGAAGGUUCUUACAGUACGCAAAAAAGGACAUUCGAAGCAGGCCUGCAAAGCGCAAAAUGUACCUACAAAUGCUUCAAUCAGCACCAAACCUAAUGUCCCUUUGCCGGCGGACUCAGUCCAACAAAACCAUCCUCGAGAGUUCGCAUGAAGCGUUACACCAAGGACGGCAUCGAUCCGGCGGCGGCUAAUAGUUGGACAGUCUCCAGCACAGUGACCGGUGGCCAUGGCGGGGUGAAUCAACUAGGCGGGGUGUUCGUGAAUGGGCGCCCACUGCCCGACCUGGUCCGGCAGCGGAUCGUCGAGCUGGCGCACAACGGCAUCCGGCCGUGCGACAUCUCGCGCCAGCUGCGCGUCAGCCACGGUUGCGUCUCGAAGAUACUGUCCAGAUACUACGAAACGGGCAGCUUUAAGGCGGGCGUGAUCGGUGGAUCGAAGCCGAAGGUGGCGACGCCGCCGGUGGUGGAAGCGAUCGCCGCCUACAAGCUCCAGAACCCGACCAUGUUCGCGUGGGAGAUCCGCGACAAGCUGCUGGCGGACGGUAUCUGCGUACACGAUAAUGUGCCCAGCGUGUCGUCGAUCAAUCGUAUCGUACGCAACAAGGCGGCGGAAAAGGCAAAGUACAGCUCACAGCGCUCGGACAACAGCAGCAUGGACAGCCCGCGGAUUCUGUCGCGCAACAAUCAGCAGCAGCAGCAAAGUCAGCAGCAGCAGCAGCAGCAGGAGUGUCUCAAUCAGCAGAUGCAGGCCGACCAGGAAUCGAUGAAGUCACCGCAGCAGGUGGAGAACGUCGCGUCGCAAUCGUACAGCAUCAACGGGUUGCUCGGCCUGUCGCAGAAGUCACUGUCUGGUUCGAGCUCGAAACGGCGUCGCAUCAAGGAAGAUCCCGAUAUGAAGGGUAGCAUGCUGAGCUGCAUCAAGCGCGACAAGGAGACCAAAGACAUGUCGGAAAGCAUGCUGCACGACAGCAUAGGCAAGGGAGGCGGUCAAGAUCAGCAGCAACAGCAACAGCAACAGCAGCAGCAGCAGCAACAGGACAAGGGUCACGAUCUGUUCGUCGGUGGUGUGGACUUCGUUAGCUCGCUUGCGAUGGCCCAGGACGAUGGGAACAAUCCGGACAAUCAGCAGGCCGGCUUCAGCAGCAUGCGCACUGGCCCCCGGCCCGGCACGAUGAGCAGCAGCCCGAUCCGGUCGCGCGAAAACGCCCUCUUCCUGCUGGCGGGCGGCGACAAGGCGCACAAGUACCACCGCACGGACGAACCGAUGCCGACCGGCGUCAUCAUCGAGGACGACAGCAGCGCCCGGAAGCAUCAGCAGCAGCAGCAAGCACACCAGGCCAACGACGUGAAGACGACCUACGACAAGAUACUCGCCGGCGAGCUCGUACCGGGCAGCGGGGUGAAGCGGGCGAGCAGCAGCGCCAACAAUGCCGCCACCGAACCGUCCGCCCUGACGCAGUCGAUCGAGUUCCUGAGCGACAUGAACAACAACAUCGCGCAGAACCAGCACCAGGGCUUUGCGGCGGCCGCGUACGACGGCGCGUACAGUGCGGCGGACGCGGCCGACACGGCCGUCCAGCUCAAUCCGCACCUGGCCGCCUGCUCCUCCAACUACUCCGCCUUCCUGCAGAACACGGACCAGUUCGCGGCGGCCAACCCGGAGCUGAUCUUCCCGACCGCGGCCUACACGCAGUACGCGGCGCCCGGCUACGGCACGUUCAACUACAACUCGUCCUUCGCCAACAACAACCUGUGCCGGGACCUGGGCCAGAUCCACUACCCGGAGGAGCAGUAGUAGACGUUGCGGGAGUGUAGCAGUAAUUGUAGCAAUAAGCAAUAAGGUACGCUAGCGGGUAAAGGGAGCCGGCGGUGGUUACGUGGAACGGAGUGAUUUCUUUAGCCCGUACGAAUAUAUAUAUAUAUAUAUAUCGAGGACAACGAGGAGAGAGCGGAGAAGGAGAGGGAAGCGUGUUGUGCGUUGAUUUCCGUGUUGAAGCAGAACACUUAAACAUAUACAAUUUACAAAGAAAAACAAACAAACCACUAAAUCACAAUUUACAAAACUGAUGAACAAAUGAUUUAUAUUGCCUCCUUCUCCUGGGAGGAGAAGACGACGUCGACGACGAAGAUGUUUCGCAUUUACACACACACACACACACAUACGUGUUACGUACAUUUCACGCGACCAGUGGGUGGGUGGGCCCGAUCAAACACCGAACGGAAGGGGCUCGGUGUUCGCGGGCAAAAUAAUACUCGACCCAAAACCACGCGAUCGCGCCCGCGAACGUUUACGCAUUUACUGGAAGAGAGACACACCAACCCUUAGGGAAUGCUGCGCGGUUAUUUUGUCUCUGUCUCUGAAAUUUAUUAAAAUAAAAGCAAAAGUGCUGCACCGAAACCAA